UUCAUUUAGACAUAAAAGAGGAAGCGAGUUCAGCGUGUUGCAGUUCAGUCAGUUAUAAAACCCCCUCAUCUCCUAAGGGACCUUCUUUCUAUACUUCUGUGCUAUAGAGGAUUAGAAAUAAAACACAUGUCAUCUUAGAAGUGUAUUUAAAAAGGAAAUAAAAACAGAAUGUUGCAUUUUGGGGUAGGACAGACUCACGGGAAGCUUUAAACUGGUUAGAAGACAACGAAUUUUCUGUACCUGGUCAGCUGCUGUAUCCUUGGAGGCUCUCAACACUGCCUAUCAAACUUCGAUCAGAUUUCCUCGCAGAGCUGGGAACAAUCAGAUUAGUGCGACAGCCCUUGCCAACUUCAGAGGGAUGCUGUCGGAAGGUUACCUUUACGGAAUCGCCUACCUUUGUGAAGAUCUGAACCCUGAGCUCUACAGCAAGAGUUCGGCUGAGGAAGUGGUGUAUGAAAUGAAGCCCAUUAAUUAUUCUUCCACGGAUGAAGCCCAGGGAAGAAGCUUCCUUCAGAGACGCCGAUCUGCUGGCAGGUGCAUUUCUUCAGUCUGCUCUAGAGGUAGCAAGCACAGCAGAAGGCAGAAGGAUAAUCUGCUACAGCCGACGCAGCACCCCGCGCCCGCUGGGCAGCCGUCUCCAGCUACGCAUGUCUGCCAGGGGCUGGCGAGAAAAGACACCUACCUGGUUCCGUCUUCCUGCAAAAGCAUUUGCAAGAACUACAACGAUUUGCAUAUAGCCGGCGACUACGUGGUGCCGAUUAGCUCAGUCACGACAGAUUUCGCCUGCGACAGCGGCCUGGGCCCCUUCUUGGAGUCCUCGGAGAUUCCUCCCCCCAUGGAGUCCGUGAAGGUCCCCAUCUCCGGCGAGACCAGCCGAAAGCCGGUCCAAGGCUACUCCUCAUGUUGGCGGCUGGCGAGCUUAGUGCCCCACCAGCAGCCCCUCUCCGACUCGGCCCUCAACGACUACCUCGAACAGAAGCUGGUGGAACUCUAUAAGCAGUACAUCAUGGAUAGCACAGCAAACAGGGCAUCCCCCACUCAGAUCCUGGCCUCGGAGCUUAUCAUGACUAACGUAGAUCAAAUCAGCAUGCAGAUAUCACGGGAGAGGAAUAUGGAGACCACCAAGGCCAAAGACAUUGUCAUUAGCCGCUUCUUACAAAUAGCCAGUGAAAAAAUAUCCUCAGAAAUUAGCACACCCAGUCUGCAUAUUUCCCAAUAUAGCCACACUAACGCAUAGUAUUUGAAUGACUGCCGUUAGAAGGCUUUUAUGUUCCGCAAAGUCAAUAUUUAGUUUCUUAAGACAAUUUUCUGCUUCAUAAAAACGCAUCCACCAACUACCACUUAAAUUAAACCUUCCAGUACAUAUUAAGCAAGUAAAAAUAUCUGUCCUGUGCAGCCCCUACUGUGGACCAGAUGAUUUAUUGUUUGUUUGUUUGGUUUUUUUUAAAAAGUCUUUCCCUAAAGGCUUAUUUUAGUGAGCCUCAGACAUUAAAAAAGUUUUGUUAAAAAAUGACUAAGGGCAUAUGAUGCUCUUCCAGGUGCUCAGGCGUUUGCUUUCUUCCCCACGUGCUUGACAAAUCAUUUCAACUUUCCUCUGUUUGGUGUCUGCAUGAGGCGAAGGCUUACGCCCACGCAAGCACAAACACAGUGAUGGCAGAGCCACAGAAAUACAGAAUUUAGGAUGUCAUCUAGUUCAUCUCCCUGCC